AUGAUAGAAAGUGCUAAACAAAAAUAUGCAGAUUUAGCAACUAAACAUAAUGAACUUGUGAAGAAGUUUAAUGCUGCAGUGGCAAUGGAGAAGGAGCAGCGCAGCAAAGGCGACGAAGCAGCAGCAGCAGCAGCAGCAGCUGCUGCUAUAGCUGAGGAGAAGCAGCAAGCAGCAGCCACUGCGGAGCAGCAGCUGCAGCAGACGCAGCAGCAACUCGCAGCACUGCAGAAGGAGCUAAGUGAAGCAAAAGCAGCAGCAAAGAAGGCAGAGGAAGCCCAGAAGGCAGCAGAGAAAAAGGCUGCUGCUGCUGCUGCUGCUGCACCUGCAGCAACUGCAGCAGCAGCAAAAGCAGCCCCACCAAAAGCUGCUGCCAAGGCAAAGGCUGCUGCGCCCAAGGCAAAGGCCCCAGCCCCUCCUCCGCCGGCGGAUGAACCCGAAGCAGCAGCAGCAGCAGCAGCAGCAGCAGAAGCUCCUGCGGAGAGCUCCGGCGGAUUCUUUUCUUGGUUUGGCGGCGGCACUGCAGCAGCAGAACCUGCAGCAGCAGAGGAGGCAGCAGCAGCAGCAGCAGACAGUGAGCCUGCUGCUGCUGCAGAGCCAGCCAGCAGCGGCUGGAGCCUCUGGUAA